AUGUCAACACCCCACCGCCACAACGGCGGGCGCUCAGCAUCAACACCGCCAGAAUCCAGCCACAGCCUGAACCGAAGCCCAUUGUGGGAACGCAAUGACCGGAAUGGACGCAACAGCCGACGUGAAAGAAAUCGUCGUCGACGCCCUGCCGGAUAUGAUUUUGCAGAAGACGAGGAAGGGUCUUUAAUCCAAUUUGAUAGGCUUUUUUACGAUCUGUGGUUUGUUGCCAACCUCACCGUCUUUGCGACCGUUCAUCCAAUCACCGAAGUGGAUGCACUUGUGUCAUUUGUCGGUUACUUCUUGUUGCUAUGGAAUACUUGGUUCAUCACGACCACCUUUGAUGCUCGAUUCAUCCAUGAUGGGAUACUUCCGCGUCUUGCCCGGGCAUGCCACCUUACCGUCAUGAUCGGGUUCGCUAUUGCCGGAGCUGCUUUUGAUCGGAAAGAACUUAUUAGGUCUAUCAUCAAGGCGCUGUCUCUCUUUCUGGUGCUCUCGAGAUUGGUGCUCACCGCACAGUACUGCCUUGUAUUGUAUGGGGUUCGCCAUAACAAGAGAGGUCGCAGGGCUCUUGUUAUCGCAGCUACUCUUACUUUUGUGCCUGCAAUUGCCUACCUGAUAGUAGGCAUCAUUUCAGACACGAGCAAUAAUCGGCACGUCAUCAUCGUUUGGUAUGUCGUGGGCCUACUCGAGCUACUGGGUGGAAUUCUUCACGCUACGCUCUCCAAGACUCUCAGUUUUGAAGGCACUCAUUUCAAUGAGCGCUUGAACCUCUUGACAUUAAUUGUACUUGGAGAAGCAAAAAACGCGGCCAAGAUUGUAGAAUAUACUUAUCUCAAGGGUAUUUCUACCUACUGGUGUAAGUUUAGCGAGCUCCUUUAUCUCAAUAAUGGCAAUUCUGACUUCAUCCCAGCCCCCGCUCUGGUUGGUACGCUCUUUUCCGCUGGGGCAAUCAUUUACAUUACAUACCAGCUCUACUUCGACUGGAUGCCGCACGAGCAUCACCAUCCGCAUAUGACGCCCUGGAGACACGCCGCCUGGACGCUGAUUCACCUUCCUUUUCACGCAGUUCUCGUGCUGUUAUCCGAAGGCAGCAGUCAAUGGGCUGUAUGGUGGCGAGCUAUUGAGUCCUAUGGCGAAGUAGAGGCAAAACUUGAGGCUAGUGUGAACGACAACAUUGCCAACGGUGGUUCCACUCGCUCGUCCAAGGUAGCCGAAGCACUCAAGGACACAGCGUAUUCGAUCAUGAAGAAGUAUGGAUCAGACCCCGAGGAUGGAAGCAAUAAUUCCCAAGACCUCGACGCCGCCUUUGACGACAUCAAAGGGUUACCAAGCAGUUUCUGGGAUCGGGGGAUGAAGAACAGCAGCGACCCUAAUUACCGAACCUGGGUUGAUAGUUACCUUGGUGUGUCAAGAACCACCAUGAACUCUGUUAGCAAGGCAUUUGGCCUCUCAUCUGAAGACAAGAAAGACUCUAGCACCACGGACUGGAAGAGUGCAGAACUUGCUGCUGUCAACUCUACAUCAGUCCGGCUUCAUACUAUUUUUGCAUACUUAUUCGUCAGCGCUGGGAUUGUUCUCAUGCUAUUGAUGAUCCUGCAUAUUCUGGCCAAGAGACGCGGUUGGUCGCAGUUCGACUUACUCCGUGCAGCCAUUGUUUUUACUACCGGAACUGGCCUCAGCCUUGUAGCCACCAUCAAGCUGAACCCAUCCAUGCUAUCCAGCUUUAUCAACUCACCUUUGCAGUUGCCUAUCAUCUUGAUAUGCUAUUUUGGCUGCUUGGUCUUGACACAUAUACCGAUAUCAUCGCCACCGGCCAAUGAGUCUUCGGACCAGAGCGAAAAGGGGGUGAGGAAUGUGAAGAGGGGACACAGUCGGACUCAAGACCCCGAAUCGGCAGUUUCUGGGGGAAGACAACGCCACAGUAUUUCGCGAGAGGAACCUACUAGUGGCUAUAGUCGACAGAGGGGAAACGACAACGGAGCUUCUGACACUGAUCGGUCUGCGCAAAGAAAGGGCCGAUCCGAGCCAGAUAUGACCGAAAGAAUUAUCGACCAUGUUUGGCGCGCAGUUUAUGAAAUCUUUGUGCCCCGAGCCGAACGUCAGUACGAUCGUAGAGGUAGAUCAAGGGCACCCGCAUAUUGGGUGUAA